AUGGAGCUGCAAGAUACCUACUAUAAUAAAUCUGAAUACGUUGAAACUGCAUCUGGAAACAAAGUAAGUCGACAAACUGUUCUUUGUGGCUCACAAAAUAUUGUCCUACAUGGAAAAGUUAUUGUACAAAGCGAUGCAAUAAUACGUGGUGAUUUAGCAAACGUAAAAACUGGAAGAUUUUGUAUUAUAAGUAAGGGCUCUGUUCUUCGACCACCAUUUAAGAAAUUCAGUAAAGGAGUAGCUUUCUUCCCUUUACAAAUGGGUGACCAUGUUUUUGUUGGUGAAAAUACAGUUGUCAAUGCUGCUGUUGUUGGUUCUUAUGUCUACAUUGGUAAAAAUGUGGUUAUAGGUCGGAGAUGUGUUCUAAAAGACUGUUGCAUGAUUGAAGACAACUCUGUAUUGCCUGCUGAAACUGUAGUACCAUCAUUUGCAAGAUAUUCUGGUAGUCCAGCAAGAUUAAUAACUUCUUUACCUGAAGCUACACCAGAUUUAAUGACAGAGUUUACUAAGAGCUACUAUCAGCACUUCUUACCUACAGCAACAGUAUAA